AUGCCCAAUGAAAUGCUGACUGAAAACUUCUCAGAAACACAAAAACCUAAAUGUACAGAUGAAAUCAUUCUAGAAAAUGCUAAUUAGGAGAAGAAAGCAUUAAUGAAGCAGAGAGAAAAGUAGUAGAAAUUAUAUAAAAAGAUUUUGAAAACUUAAUCAGGAAAGACUCAAGAUUCAUAAUCUCAUGCAGGUGAAUCAGGGCAAAAGAAGAAGAGCAGCUAUGUGACUGCUUUACUUGAGAAAAGCAAGCAAAUCUUAGCCUAGAGUGAUAAUAAGGAGGAGUUACUACAGUCUGCCAGAAAAAUCUUGCAAUCAAGAGACAAGCCAAAGAAAAAAAAGAGAACUUUGACUGUAUCUAAUCCAUUUGAAUUGAGAACCUAGAAAAGAGUGAGACUAGAUAUUGAUGAAUCAGCUAAUGUUGAGCCUUAGCAAGAAUAUGAACCUUUGUGGGCUUAAAUCAAGAAAAGUUUUAGAUUGAGAGAUUCUGAAGCAAAGCCAGACCAGAAAACAUCUAAGACUUUACUGACUAAACCCAGAUCUCCAACACUUCAAACACUCGAAAGGAUGAAACUCAAAGGAGACUUCUAAAUUGCUAGUGCUGAUAAGAUCUAUGAAAGAAGUUAAAGAAGCGACUUCAAGGCAAAGCCCUUCAACAAAAAGGCAUUUGAGAAUCCAUUUAUCCCUAAGAUUGAGAAAAAGGAAUAGAUUACUUUCUCUGAAUUCAACCUUUCUAAAUCAAACACAAAGCUUGGCAAUAAAACUCUUAUUGAGUAUUAAAACAAUAAAGAAAAUACCAGUUAGAAUAUUUUCAGAGCUAAAAGUCUUGACAAGAAGUUGUUUGAGAAGAAUGACGACAAAUCACCUAAGACUGAUAUGAAGCCAAGAAGACUGACUGAGUUUAGUCCAUUCAAUUUUAAGACUGAUGAGAGAAUCAGUUUUAGAAAGCAGCAUGAAAAUGAGGAAUCACUUAACUCAAAGGACAACAACAGCACCAAUUUUAAAGCAAGAGAAAUGCCAAAGUACAAAUUUUUCGAGGUGAAGCAUGAUAUCAAGAAGCAGAUAACAUUUUAGGAGUUUUAAUUAGCUACCUAGAAGAGGUUAUCUUCUAAGAAGAGAAGUAAUAGCAAUGAGGAAAAGGAUCAACAGUAACAGUUCCAUGCUCUUCCUAUGCCUGAUUUUUCAAACCUCAAGCCAAAGACUUGCUUGAAAAAAUAGACCUAGCAAUCCCAGUUAGAAAUUAAACCCUUCGAUUUUCAAACUGAUGCCAGAGGCAGGGAAAAGUAACUUAAAUUCUAACAGUUUGUUGAGCAUGAGAAGAAGUAAGCUGUUGACUAAGCUCACUUCAAGGCCAGAGAAUUUAAGAUAAGAUUUUCAGAUGCUGUGUCAGAUAACAGUCGCAAGAGCAAGCAAAAUCCAACUCCAAGAAUAAUCCAAUAGGAAUUCAAACUGCAAUCUCAAUUGAGAAGUAGAUCAAGAGAUGAGUUCAAUAGAAAGAUCAGAGAAAAGGAGGCUGAGCAGCUUGCAUAAGAGGCAGCAAUCAAAGACCAGAAGCAGAAGGAGAUUGAAGAUUAAAUCAGAAAAGUGAGGGAAAUGGCAGUUUUCAAAGCUACUCCAAUUAGGAAGUACAAGCCUAUUGAUGGUUCAAAAGUUACUGAAAAAGCUUUGACUAUCCCUUAGAUGCCAAAGCUGAGUACUCACGAGAGAGCAAUGCUAAAGGAUGAUGUUGUAAUGAAAGACUGA